UCCCUCCCUCUCUUCGUCCUCCCACGGCCCUGCGCUCAGAGGAUUGCCCGUCGGCGAGCCGAGAGCUGAGGCUAUAACCCCCCGUCGUGCCGCUGCCCGCUCUCCGGCCCCCGGGAGGAACCCUCGAGGGACUGACGCCAUCCAGAGAAGGAGCCGCAUCGGGACACUCCUGGACCAUGGCUCAGGUUCAGAAGAAGACCACCACCAUGUCCCUGACCAUCUCCUCCUGCUCCAGGGAGUCGUCCUCCGGCACCGUUGUCCAUCCGCAACGGUCCAGUCUGGUGCAGCCGCUCCCGAUCAGCUCACAGAGGACGCAGAGCCCCUCCUGCGCCCAACAUUAUUCGGGGAACGGAGGAGUGGCGCCGGAGUUCGUCAAGUGUCUCCACGACGUGAGCACGGUGAAGGGCCAGCUGGUGGUCCUCGAGUGUCGCACCCGGGGCACUCCGCCGCUCCGGGUCUUCUGGUACCGCGAGGAAGAGCAGAUCAGGGACUCGGCAGACUUCCGCAUCCUCAGGAAGAAGGCCACUUCAGCGUCCGUCCCUGAAGAGCUGUGCACCCUGGUCAUCACCGAGGCGUACCCAGAGGAUUCUGGGAUUUUUAAAUGUGUAGCGCGUAACCAGUUUGGCUCCGCGUCCUGCAGCGCCCUCCUGGAGGUGUACUCAGGCCUCGACGAGGUGCUGGCUGAAGAGGAGACCUCGGGAGGGACCGCCGGGCUGGAACCCGACGACUUCCCCUCGUUCCUGCUGGACGCAGCGGAAAUCCCUCCGCCGGAGUGGCCGGACAGUUCCGAGGAGGAGGCCGCGCCCCCGCUGGAUGAGUACUCGGACCCGCAGCCGCCGAGUAAGAGCACGGUGGAUCCCUACAGCCCUGUGGGCGAGAGCACCUACAGCUCGCUGUCCCGCAGCCCCACCCCUCCGCCGGCCAAGGAGCAGCGGUCCGGCGGCACCAUGAACGCGGUCGACCUGCCGUCGUUCUCGCCGAGCCUCUACCCGCCGAGCGCGUUCAACUACGAGCGACCGCGUCACUUCAUCCAGGCGCAGCCGCGCUUCCAGGCCCCCCCCUACGAGAGCCUGCAGUCCAACGGGAGCGACAGGGCGGCAGCGUCGCCGUCCUCCUCAACCCUCAGCUCGCCGGCAUCCACUCCCGCCCCGCCCACCUCGCCGACACGGCCCCCCAUGCGCUCCAGCGUGACGCUCGUCCCCAAAGUGUCCGGCGGUCCCCCGCAGCGCACCUCCCCCGUGGCCUUCCUGUGCUCGGUCCUGCCCUCGCGCUCGCCCCCCAGCCCAAGGCCUCGGCCGCCCCGCCCCCUCAGCUCUCGACCAAUCGCGCACCUCCGUCGCCGGUCCCGACGACCGCGUCCCGCUCCGAGCCGAAGACGGCGACCCCCCCCGUCCUGCGUGUCACUGCCGGCCAGCUACCGGGGGACCUCCAACAGCGCCCCCAAGCCCAUCCUCAAGAAGACGGCCCCCCGCCCCGUGUCGCGGUCCACCGACGAGGAGAUCCAGGGCUCCAAGGACGCCCUCAUCCAGGACCUGGAGAAGCAGCUGCGCAACAAGGAGGCGCGUCGGAGGAACAGCCAGAAGCUGUCGUACGAGGAGCGUAUGGCGCGCAGGCUGCUGGGUCCCGACAACGCCGCCUCGGUCUUCGACCUGCACAACCAGCCGGACGUCCAGCCUGACCAGCCUGACUCGCCAGAGGGGCGACACUCUGGAGGAAUAUGGAGCAAACACCACUCGGGGAUGGACGCCAACGAGGGUUCGACCAUCCAGGAGAAGUGCUACGCUCCCCGUUUCCUGCAGGUGCCACAGGACCUCACGGUGGAGGAGGGCCGCUUCUGCAGGAUUGACUUCAAGGUCGGGGGUCUCCCCACCCCUGACAUCACCUGGUACCUGGACGGGAAGGUGAUCCGACCUGACGACUACCACAAAAUGCUCGUGUGCGAGAAGGGCGUCCACUCAUUCAUCAUCGAGGUCGUGACUGUGCACCACGCCGGCGUCUAUGAGUGCGUUGCCAAGAACCGCGCCGGAGAGAGCAGCUUCUCCCUGCGGCUGGAUGUCAUCGCCCAGGAGCUGCUGCGUCCCCCCACCUUCCUGCAGAAGAUGAGGAACUCCCGUGCCUUGGAGGGCGACGCCGUGCGUCUCGAGUGCAGAGUCUCCGCGGCUCCGUCCCCGCAGAUCUACUGGAAGAAGGACAAGGAGAUGCUGAGGGUCGACCCCGGCAGGAUGAGCCUUUUCCAGGACGCGACGGGCCAGCUGUGUCUGCUCAUUGACCGGGUGGAGAAGGGCGAUGCGGGGUGGUACACGGUGUCCGCCAUCAACGAGGCCGGCAUGUCCUCCUGCAACGUCAGACUUGACGUGGGAACUCGCCUGCCCAAGGCUGCCCCUGCAGGCCAGCAUGUGAAAGUGCGUCCUGCGCUGAGCCAGUUCUCCCCCCUGAGCACCCACGCUACAUCGCAACAUGCGGCCCCCCUCUACGAGAGCGAUGAGCUGUGAAGCGGGUCGUUUCCGAAGCUGCCGCCACCAGCCCAGGUGGGAAGAGAGUUUGAGACCUGGACUUGAAGUAUGGACCCCCCACCCCCCCACUUCAGCAUCAGAGCCCUGCAGUGAUGAGAUGCACUUUAGAUUUGGGUUUUUGUUCCGAAUGACUGUUCACUAAACUCUUCCUGCUGGAACUUGGUCCUGCUUGUUGUAGCAGUUAGAGGACCGUUGCGUUACGGUGACAGGUGAGCUUUGGGUACGGUACAUCCAGUAGAGACCUUUUAAUGAGCUAUUUAUUAGAGUGCAAGUUCCUCAGCGGCUCCGCAGCGCCAUGCUGCUCCUGCCUGUGUUUUUGUGUAUGUUGUGGA